AUGGAAAAAUUAUUAAGCGUUUAUGGUAUUUGUGAUAGGUUUGUAUUUAAUUAUUUGCACAUUCACUUUAGGUUCGUUGUAUUCUGUGAUGAGAAGAAAUUAACGCUGUACAAGGAUUUCAGUAAUGAGACUGUUAAUAGUACGACGCUUGAUUUGGUAGAUUCGUUAAAUGAUGACGGCUAUAAGGAGUUGGCCGCCGAUGUUAAAUCCAGCGGCUACAUAACAUCGUUAUCCGUGAAUAAGUUGAGUAACCCAAACAAUGUUUUCAACGAUGACUUGAAGAAUAAGUUGAGGGGCUUGGACGAGUUUCAGUACCUACUAUCGAUGAGUUUGGAUAACGCACUGGUAUUGCUGUGCCUGUAUAACUAUUCGGAUGGAAGCCUCAAAGUAUUGAAUCAUAACAAAGUUCUAGGUGAUAAUAAGGAAGAUAGUCGAUUAUUCGGCAGUAUAUCGCAGGUAGAAACUGUAUUCAGAGAAGAUGUGUAUACUUUCUUCAAAUCAAAUGAUGACCUGCACCUAUUAGACUGGAAGUCCCUCAAGUCGGUCAAAUUAUUGAGCAACGUAUCGACGUAUAAAUUUUUCAAAGAACAACUGAUAGUUUUCUUUAAUACUGGCUUAAAAGUUUACGAAUUCGACCAUAAAAAGUUUGACUCAACGUAUGAUAAUAAGGAGAACGUAUUGGUGUUGAAGCACGAGCUGCCAUGUGAAAGUGAGUUGAAUGGGAGCAUGAGCCAGAAGAACGUUGUAAACAGGAACUUGGUAACAGUGUUGGAGGAGAAGAGGCUGUUGUUUUUAGCUGGACUCGAUGGAAUAUUUUACACGUUCCUGGAUAAAUUUAGUUUAUACAAGUUUGUAUCCAGCCCCGGCGACACUGGGACUAGCAGUGAUUCAGUUAAUGGUACUGGCAGUGGCAGUGGAUCUGGAUACUAUUCUUAUCUGGACAGCCUUUCAGUAGGUGAUAUGAAUGUGCUGCUGUUGAUGAACAAGAACCAUGUUCAAAUCUGGGACUACGACACGCAGGUUGUGCUGUACCAAAUGAAAAACAGUGGGUUUGACCUUUGCUUCCUGAACGUUAUUGAUAGUGGAGUAGUUAAUCUUCUGACGUUCCAGAGCGCUAAACUGGUGGACAGUAUAAAACUGUAUGUAAACGAUGAUAAAUUUGUUCCAGUGGAUGCUCCUAAGGAAACAUCAGAUGUUCAAUCGAAACGGGAAAGCAAAGAAGCAAGUCCAAUGGAUAAAAAAGAUGCCCUGAAGGAUGACGAAGUUAACCAUAAGAGGAAAUCGGACGACGAAAAGUAUAAAAAGUUAAAGAGGAUUAAAAGGAGUAAAUAUCUGGAUAAUGAAGCAAAUGAAAUUAAUCGAGACGAGGAAGAGUUGGACCUCAAUGGUGAUGUCGAUGAUGAAGCUGAGGGCGAAGAUGAGGAAGAAAGGGACUACAACGAAAUAGGCGACGACUACACUGGAAUUGACUACAGGGACAACGAUGACCAGGACCUGAGGAACGACUUUUUGAAGAGUGAGCUGGUAAGACUGCACAAGAAGGUGAAGGUGUUGGAGGAGAGGCUUGUAAGCAGGGGCGCCAAAGUAACGACUCCCGGAACGUGUCCGAGGCCAAAUGACCAGUUGAAGCAAUGUAAUAAUAGCGAUAUGAUAUUAUAUUUGAUGGUAGUGCCACUAAAUAAGCGGUCUGUGCAUACUCGUUUAUGCCAUUUCAGGUGCCUCUUUUGGAACGAGUGCGGGCAUAUUAGUAAACAAAACACGCCGGAGAAUAACAAUCUCCACAUUUACAUGUUUUCUGGACCACUUUCAGGGUAUAUUAAGAAGUCGGACAAGUACAACUGUCAUAUCGCAUCACUGGCUAAUUACGGUUUGUACACUCGUGAGUUAGCGGGUGUGACUGAUAACAAUGAUGUAGCUCUGGAUGGAGUGGUUUGCGGGAGUAAUCUGAACAGCAACAACAGCGUGAUCGGCGUGAUCUACUACAUUAACCUGGCCACGAAUGAGACUUGGGAGCGGCGAUUCAAGGACGAAAGUGUGACCUGCGUUGUUAUUUCGGACAACUUCAUCGGCGCAGUCACCGACCUGAACAUUCUGUACAUCUUCACGCGCAACAACCUGCUGCUCUCAGCCUUCAAGUUGAAGGGGAAGAUACGUUCGCUGGUUGCGAAUAAGAACAUGCUGGCAAUACUGACGCAGACGUCACACGACGGGACUGACACCACGUUGUCGGUGCGGCUCCUGUGGGUCAACGGCAUCAAGGGGCUCUCAAAAAACAACCACCUUAAAAUCAUUUCCAUCUACGACGACCUGCUCAUUCUGAACGACAACAUUGACCUGCUGUACGUGGGUCUGACCUCGGACUUCAUACUGUGGUACAUCGACACUAGAGGUUCAAAGCCCGGCGCCGAUACAUUGCACUAA